GGGCCAGGCUGGGCGCGGGGCGCCGCUUCUUAACGCGCGGCGCGGGGCGGCGGGAGCGCUGUGCCGGGGGGGUGCUGCGAGACGGGCUGCUGUGCGACAUGAGCGAGAGACAAGGAACCGGAGCUACAAAUGGAAAAGACAAGACAUCUGGUGAGAAUGAUGGGCAGAAGAAGGUUCAAGAAGAAUUUGACAUAGACAUGGAAGCACCAGAGACAGAGCGGGCAGCCGUGGCGAUACAGUCACAGUUCAGAAAAUUCCAGAAGAAAAAAGCGGGGUCCCAGUCUUAGUAGCUACCUCACGGCUUAAGGCAAAGUAAUCCUGAAAUGAUUUAUCAAGAAAAUCAGAAAUAACGCAAAGAUGCAUGUACAGAAAUUAUCAAUAUUUAAAACUCCAUUGGCAGAUAACAAACCAUGAGCUUGUGUGUGACUUCAUCCCAGGUGUUUCACACCCAUUAUCUGCUGUAACUCACCAUUUUACUCGAUGUUGUAAUAAAAAGUUAGGGUGAAGUAAUUAAAGUGUCUGCCUUGAUCUGUCUUUUCCUAUUAAUCCAGCAACCACAGCAUUACAAAUGAACCCAGCCCACAUGCCUGUUUUCCUCUUCACGUAAAGCUUGGAGGCAUAGCAGCACCGUAUGUUACAAGGUUUUUGAUGAGGAUGAGAACACAUGUCUCAGCCCUGCUUACCUCAUUUGGAUAAUUCCAGCUGCCAGCCAAAUGUGACAAUAAAACUAUUUUCCUGUAAUACGCUGACAGUAAAGUUUCAGACAGAAGCUGGCAUGAGGAGGAGCGGCAUCCGAAGCAGUGAGGAAGGGUUUUUUUGCCUUGCAAUUACUCCAAUGAAGUGGCUUAAGUGGGGAAAUUGUCCAUGUCCAUCCUCUUCACAUAACGUUCAGAAUUACCCAGCCUGGACCACAUUGACUGUUACGGGGGAGAAAAUAAUGAGUCAGGCACAAAAUAUAAAACACAAUUCCAGAAACCUUUAAAAGAGUUUAAAGGGAAGACAGAAGCUGACCCUCUGAACUCUCUUCUUGAUGCAGCUUUUCACUCACUAUUUAAUCUCUCUCUCUCUUUUCAUAUUAUUUUCAGUAUUUGAUGAGUAAAUCAUAACAGACUCUCUGUUUCCCUUUUCACUGUUCUGUAUUCAAUUUUAUAUGAGCCACCUACUGUUAGCCCAGGUUUUUAUUAAGAAAAAACAACCACAACGCCAGUCUUAAAUUGGGAAUUAUUUCCACAUUCUCCCUGUUGUAAAACAGUAACAGGCAAGUUUCAGGCUGGAACUAUGUAAGGAUGUUGCCUGGCUUCAGACCCGAGCAGGAAUUGGCUGCCCAUAUAGUGCAUGAGGAAAGUUCAGAAAAGGUUUAGACGGGUACGUUGUACUCAGAAAAAGGAGCUAUUUAACUUGAGCAAGUGAGACACAUUACACAAAGAUGUGUAAGAAAAGUCUCAUCCUCUUCUUGGCUUCAUCAGCAGAUUUAGGAGUUCCAGUAAGUAUCUUUGUCUCUUGGGAAAUCAAAGACAAGUGUUUUCUGAAGGACUGGUGUUUGAAGUAGUUCUCCAAGAAGGCAGUGUGAGUCUCACCUCCGGGCUGACAGAGGCAGACAUGCUGAGUGGUGACAGCUUGCCUGCUUUUAACUGAACAGCCUGGAGUUGGGACUGCUUCAGGUGUAAGAAAUUCAGGUGUGAUUCCCAGCCCUGCCUAGAGGGAUUUGUUUCCUUGUCUCCCACCUCCCACCAGAGUAUUCUGAUUGCCAUGGCGAAAGGCACAUAUAUUAGUCCCUUAAUGUAAACGGAAAGUUACAACCAAGGGGUAGGAAUAGAGGGAAAGGAAGGAUCUGAAGUUGGUGGCGAUCGUUUCCCAUGAGAACCCACCAUACCAGCAAUACUGAAGGGAUGCAGAGCUGUGCCUGAAAGAUGGGCUGUGGAACUGCAAAGGGAAGGCCCUCGGCCUUAUGCAGGUUAAGGCACUCAUGGUGCUGGGCAAUAAUUUAGUGAGGAGCCCAAAUCUGGUAGUGGGUGUAGGAGACUGCGUAGGAGUCCUAGGACUGUGCUGGAGGAGAUGCUGAGCAGAGGAAGCCUUAUGGAUCCUGUGGGCAAUGUAGAAGGCAUGUGCAGAGAUGAUGUGUGAGGUGCUUAAUAAGCACAGCACAGCUGGGAGGGAAUGGACAGGGCUUUUUAGAUCUUAGUUUGGGGAUAAACAUAUAAAUGUCGCCCAGACACUGCCUUAAGCACCUCUGUCUGCGUCAGGUUGUGGUCUUACACAUGACUUACCCACAAAUCCUCUGCAAAGUCAGACUUCUCCAAGCUGCAGCUCAGUGAUUUCACUCUAGGAGCAUAUUUUAGCAGCAUUGUUUCUCUGCACUUAGGAAUUUCACAAAUAAACCUCAAAUAACACUGCUAAUGUUCUCAAGGCGCAAUUUGUGGAGGCUGCGAAUUCCCCACUUGUCUUUCACAGAGACUGCUCAGUAUAUAAUAAUCAUCUUAACAUAAUAAUUUAAAAAUUGUAAUGAGUUUGAACUGUGUUGGUGCCAUUUUGUUUAGAUAGACAUAUAUCUGUAAUGAAGGACUGCAUUUGCGUUCUGCACUAUGUCAUUUGAAAUAGCAUGAGCUCUGUGAUGGCGACUUAAUUGAAUAAAAACUAUGAGAAGCACUAGGCUUUUAUAUUUGA